AACUCGAGUUGUCGGGGGCGUGCAGCGCGCACACACACACACAGAACUCAAGUUGACGUGAAGAUGGCGAGUAAAAUCCUUCUGCGCGCGUGUCGCGUAACUUUGAUGAGAAAACAACAUGUUUUACUGCAAACACCUCAGCGCGUGAUGUCGACUAAAGGUAUUCCAACAGAUGAGGAACAGGCUGCAGGUCUGGAGCGACGUGUCCUGCAGGCCAUGAAGAAGGGCCAAGAUCCAUACAGCAUUCUCAAGCCAAAGGAAUAUACUGGAACCAGAGACGACCCUCAUAUCGUCCCCAGCAUCAAUAACAAGCGUCUGGUGGGCUGUCUGUGUGAGGAGGACAACACAGCCAUUGUUUGGUUCUGGCUGCAUGAAGGAAACCCACAGCGCUGUCCAUCCUGCGGCUCACAUUAUGAGCUCGUCCAUCAUGAGCUUCCUCAAUGAUCUCUCUCUCUCUCACGCAGCAGAACUUUAUCUGCUCUUCAUACUGUAUGAGCGCCUAUGCCAAACAUUUACAGAAAUCUAAAAAUAAAGUUAUUUCAAACCUUCA